AUGUCUAUAACUUCUCUCGACGUUGAAUAUCCGAAGACGCCACAGGAAUACAUCGACAUGAUCAUCGAUCGUCACAACAAAACCCGUCUACAGCGGUUCGAGAACUGUAUAAACCAUGAGAAAUGCCGCAAUCCCUGUGACAAAGCCAUCCGCGCUGUAAAGUACAUCAACAAGCUGGGAAACCAAACACGUAAGCGCGACCCACUGCGAGAGACCAGCCAUCAUGCUCUUCGACUUUCCGACGAAGUUAAAGCUAUCAUGUUAGAAGGACCUGAGUUUGCCAAUGACGAGCAGCUAGAAGCGAUCGCAUCCUUCAAAGAACUGGUAGAGGACAAAGCACCGCGCGCUCUACUGCGAAGACUGGGGUGGUCUGAUGCAAGCAGCGUCACCAAGGACCAGAUGAAGUAUCUGAUGAAGCUCUUGUCAGCAAUAUUCUUCCGCGAAUACCAGAUGGAGCUUGACUUCGAAUGGAAAACUUGUAACGACAGAGUUUUUGGCCGUUACACAUGCAAUGUGCACACCAAAAUUGAGAUGUCGGCUUUCGACUACAUGGCUGCUUCGCACCACGGACAUCUAUUUGAGCGAACCAUGUCACGCCUUGGCACUCUUCUUCACGAGCUGGUACACGCAUAUCUGGGCCUUACCAUUGUGACGAGCAUGUGGAAGAUGUCGCAAGCUGGGGUCACAAGCAAUGAGGAAGCUGUCCAGACGUCAUGUGCAAGACCAAAUUUCUGUCGCCAAUACUAUAUAUCGGUCAUACAAGCCUGUCGCAAAGGUUCAGAGAAACCAGGACGAGACAAGCCUAAUAGCGUUGACAAUACGAUCACAAAAGCUCAACGUAAGGCCACACAGUCCAGUACAAAUAUGGUCUCCACCGAUUUACUGCACCGCAGAGGCCCACCUGGCACGCCCGAUGAGUUUCUCGCUAUGGUUGUCGAGCUCGGAAAGAGAAGGAAAUCGCAGCGUUUGGCGGACCAGCACCCAUGUGGGCGCUCAUGUGGGGGAGACAUUGCUGCCAAGGGAACCCAAGGUGAAUCAGGAUAUCGAGAGCGAGCGCCCUUACGCUUAGGAGGUCACCAUGCUCUUCGACUUGCUGAUGAGAUCCAGCGUAGCAUGAAACUAGGCAAACCCGGAUUCAGCGGUGAACAGAAUGAAGCAAGCAAUGCUUGGAAUAACUUGGGUGGAGACAGGUCGGAGACCUCUUUGCUACAAAGAUUAGGGCACGAGGAUGGCAAGGAUGUCUCCGAGAAAGAGAUGAAGAUGCUGAUUGACAUCCUCUCGGGAAUGUUCUUUCCCACAACGUCAGCGGACGCUAAGAUGGAAGUGGGCUUUGGGUGGGAAGAUUGGAGGCACAUGCCACAGGAACUUGCAGAAUACACGGAACGUUGGCAAAAGAAUCCUGGACUCCGUAUGUGUGCCUUCAGUUAUGUCAAAGUGGGAGGCCAUGGUAACCUGAGCGAGCGGGCCUUGUAUCGCCUAGCCACCAUCCUUCACGAGCUCGUGCACGCAUAUCUAGAUCACUAUGCCUGCCAUUGCAAAAACGUCUCAGACUCGUGGGAGGAGGACGUCAAUCAAUCAGGAGGGCAUGGAAGAGCUUGGCAGCGAAUAGCGAGUUCGGUCGAACUCGCUGCUCCGGAACUCCUUGGUUAUCCGUUAGAAAUGGGCAGGUUUGAAUCGCUUACGUCGGCUUGGAAACAACUGAAGCAUUGGCCGAGCCAGGAGGAACUCGAAAGCUGGCAUUUGGACUACUACGCAACAACAGAGUUUGUCUACGAAGAUUCGGAAGAUGAGAUUGACGGCUAA